UUCAAUUGCGUUCUGAUUUUUCUCCCGGCUUAAAAAUGUCGGAAUUUCGUGUAAUACAAUGCUUGAAAUGCAAAAUGUACCAGGUGGAUUUUGUAAAGAAAACAAAAAAAUGGCAGUGUAAAAUUUGCCGGGAAAGGCAAGAUUUUCUUAAAGAAUUCUUUCGGGGUUCAUCAGCCGAAUGCCGAAAUCAGGUGCAGCAAAUGAAUUUGGUGCGUGGAAUAAGAGAGGAAAGGCGAAUGGAAGAUCUAUUUAUCACAGCGCGAGAAAAAUUGGAGCAUAGCAAGGAAAACUGCGAAAAACAGGAAAACACAUUACCUAAGAAGGAAACAAAUAAAUGGGCCAGUUAUGUGGAUGAAACCACUAAAACAACUCCACAAUCUCUGGGAAUCGACAAUAAGGAACUGCACGAAGGGCUCCUGAUCAACUCGAAUAAAAGAGUAUCAAAACGCUAUUUUAAAAUUAAGCCAAAAGAGUGCAAAAAACUGUGCUCUGAAUCAAAAUGGAAUGGUUUUUUGUAAAGAUCUACAUAUGCACAUAUUAAAAAAAUAUUCCGAAUAUAUCAUAUGUUUAGACGACAAAUCCGUUUAUAAAAAAAAAUAAUUUAUUUAUAUUUAUUUAUAUAUUAUAUGAUAUUCAAUUGGAAUUGAAUGCCAAUUUAAAUACCCAAAUUUGUAAUUUUUAAAAUUAAUCAAUGUUAUAUACGUCGUUAAAAGUAUGAGUUUUCAGACGAAUUAAAAUCUUUUAAUAAUUCAAAAAUUUGAUGAUCAGGCCAAUAAACCCUUUUUUAUUUUUAUAAAAAUAAUUUGAUCGUUAAAGUUCUUUUAUACGUUUUAUUAAAAUCCGCUUCGUUUUGGUA